GUGACUGUGGGGAUCAUGUUGUCAUAAUAAACACAAGACACAUUGCAUUUUCUGGAAACAAAUGGGAACAAAAAGUGUACUCUUCACAUACUGGCUACCCAGGUGGAUUCAGACAGGUCACAGCUGCUCAGCUUCACCAGAAGGACCCAAUAGCGAUUGUAAAACUAGCUAUUUAUGGUAUGCUGCCCAAAAACCUUCACAGAAGAACGCUGAUGCAAAGGUUGCAUCUUUUUCCAGAUGAGGCUAUUUCAGAAGAUAUUCUUAAGAAUUUAGUGGAAGAGCUGCCUCAACCACGAAAAAUACCUAGACGUCUGGAUGAGUACACACAAGAAGAAAUAGAGGCUUUCCCAAGAGUGUGGUCUCCGUAAGUGUUUGUUUUCUCCUUCCUGUCUUCUUUUCAAGUUCAUUGGGUAUCCUCUCUUUCCUCAGCCAAACAGUGAGAUCCCUGAGGGUGGGAAGAGUGAUGUUUCCUUACCCCUUGGAAAUUCUCAGCAGCUCCUGCCUACAAAUGAACUCUAGAUAUAACUAUCAGAACCACGGUCUCUAAGCCUCAAGCCCUGCUGGGUAAGAUGUUCACAGGUACCUAUAGCCAUCAGGUAUUGUGUUUGGAUGACCUUCU